GUAGUUUCAUUUCUCUAAAAUCUAGUUUGUCAGGACAGGGAAGACUUAAAACUUAGUCCUGACACCAUCCAUGUGGGCUCUUAUCUUCUGGGUCCUGAGCCUCCCCCAGGACGGCGGAGCCCGAUCACACUCUCUACACUAUUCUUACUCAUCCGUGACUGAGCCGGGCCCAGGAGUCCCCGCAUUUUUUGCCAGUGGCUUUGUAGAUAACCAGCCCUUCAUCCACUUCGACAGCAGGAACAUGAAGGCAGAGCCUUGUGCUUACUGGCUGAGGGAAAAUCCACAGUACUUUGCUCAUGAGACCCAGGUUUUCACCAAUCGGAUGAAGAUUUUCCAGUUGAGCCUGAGAAACAUUCAGAAAUACUACAACUACUCUGGUGCCCAGAGUCAGAGAGCAUAUGGCUCCCACCAGCAAGCAGGCCCUCACACCCUCCAGUUCACAUACGGCUGUGAGAUUCGGGACAACAGGACCACAGGACACUGGCAAUAUGGCUACGAUGGCAGGGAUUACCUGACAUUGGAUUUGGACUCAAUGCAAUAUACAGCAGCCACCUUCAUUGCUGGUUACACCAAGCGCAAGUGGGAAAACAAUGAGUACUGGCUGGAGAGAGAGAAGACCUACUUGGAGAAGGAGUGCAUCCUAUGGCUGCAGAAAUACUUAACCAUGGGAGGAAAGAACUUUACCCGAACUGACCCUCCGCAGACAAUAGUGACCUAUCACCCCAGACCUGAAGGUGAUGUCACCCUGAGGUGCUGGGCCCUGGGCUUCUACCCUGCUGACAUCACCCUGACCUGGCAGUUGAAUGGGGAAGAGCUGACCCAGGACAUGGAGUUUGUGGAGACCAGGCCUUCAGGGGAUGGAACCUUCCAGAAGUGGGCAUCUGUGGUGGUGCCUUCUGGGGAGGAGCAGAGAUACACAUGCCGUGUGGAGCAUGAGGGGCUGCCUGAGCCCCACACCCUGAGAUGGGAGCCUCUUCAGCUCACCAUGACGCCCACAACAGGAGGAUGUGUUAGCAGAAGAUGUGGACCUCAAGCGAUCACCCUGCAUGUCCUUGUGUUUCUUUCAUCUGGCAUAGUCAUAGGACUUGUGUUUCCUGGACUUACCUGCUCAUAAUUCGGGCCAGAAGAAAGUACUGGGCUGCUCCAUCUGUUCCUGAAGAUGAGAGGUUCUCUGGAUGAGGACCCAGGAACCCUAAGACUCUGCUGAGCCUUAGUUUGCUGGAGACCCCCCCCUGAGUGAACAAUGCAGAGCUGGGAGAUGUUGCAACAGCAAGAGGAAUUUAUUAUUCCAGCAUGCUGGGGUCAUCCUGCAUCCAAAAGGAGAAGCAACCCUGUGCAGCUCGUUCAAAGGUUUCAAUAGAGGUGGUGGCGCACGCCUUUAGUCCCAGCACUUGGGAAGCAGAGACAGGUGGAUUUCUGAGUUCGAGGCCAGUCUGGUCUACAGAGUGAGUUCCAGGACA